AUGGCUCUCAACGGCGCGAUCAACGAAGUGUACCCCACACCAGAUGACAAAGAGAGCUCAACUGUGUCGUAUCUACAUAAGGGCUUCAAGAUCAGCGCGCGCAAACUGCCCAUCUCGAAAUCUGGCCCCAUCGAUGAGAUGUCCAAGGCUCUCUGCAUUCCGGUCCCCGAGAUGAUCUUUGGGGAUAACAUAGUAUCGAUUGAGCAUGUGGCAAGUGGAUGGCGGUUGGAGUUCAACGCGUAUGAUGCGCUGGAUCGCGUGGACAAGACGGACAAGACCAUGUUGAAGGUUGCCUACUCGAAGGAGUGGUCGAGUAGCAGAGAGAAAACCCACGAAGGUAUCAAAGAGGUGGUGAAGCCGUUCGACUGGUCGUACACAACGGACUACAAGGGAACCGUUACCAAGGGAAAGCUAUUCGAGCCAAACUCAGAGCCGAUUCCAAUCGAGCUACUGAAGCGGCCCGACCCAAUUUUGUUCUUUGAGGAAGUGGUUCUUUACGAGAGCGAACUGGACGAUAACGGCAUUUCAAUCUUUUCCUGUAAGCUGAGGGUCAUGCCGGAUCGUAUGUUGCUGCUAUGUCGACUGUUCAUGAGACUGGACAAGGUUCUGGUGCGAAUCCGAGAUACCAGGAUCUAUGUCGACUUUAAUACUGGCAAGAUCAUUAGAGACUAUACCGAGAAGGAGGAGAAGUUUGACCAAGUCAGCCAGAGCCUACUAUCUUCGGGCACGCCUCCUAGCAAUCUCGCAACUGCUCUCCGAGAACCAAAUCAGAUUGCUCAUCUGGUACCACAGGUUACUCAUACUUUGGAAAGUGUAACGGUUUUCUGA